UUUUCAAACGCAACGACCAACUUUAAAAUACCUCAAAUAACAUUCGCCAAAAAACAAGUGGCUUUGUUAUUGUUAAAAAAAAAUAAAUUAUUUAAAAACUAUUAAACUUAAAACGAAAGUGUAAAAACAUCCCACAAAAUGGCUCAAAUGGUGCAAAUGACUACCGAACAAUUACAGCAACUCAUCGAGUCUGUACGCGUUUCAGCUGCCUCCGGAACUGUUGUGGCAACAACCAAGUCCAAGGGAAGUUUCAGUAAUUGUUCUUCCCGCUUUGGAGGCCAACGUGAUCAUGAAGCUGUAGAAGAAUUCAUCACUUCAAUUGUCACAUACAAAGAAGUCGAAUCGAUUAGUGAUGAGGAUGCCUUGAAAGGUGUUUCCUUGUUGUUCUAUGGUUUGGCCUCAACCUGGUGGCAGGGUGUGCGCAAGGAAGCUAAAACUUGGAAUGAUGUUUUGGCUUUGAUACGUGACCAUUUCUCGCCCACCAAACCCUCCUAUCAGAUCUAUUUGGAAAUCUUCGAUAAGAAACAGGAAGACAAAUGUGCCAUAGAUACAUUUGUGUGCCAAAAGAGAGCCCUAUUGGCCCAAUUGCCCGAUGGUAGACACGAUGAAGAAACCGAAAUUGAUUUAGUUUACGGUUUGCUCAACAUUAAAUACCGCAAACAUAUUGCCCGUCAUGACAUCACAACUUUCCGUGAAUUGUUGGAAAAGGGUCGUAUUAUCGAGCACAAUAUGAUGGAAGAUCAGUCUAAUCAAACAAGGAGACGUUAAGGAAACUAAGAGAUGUACAAAUUGCAACUUCCGAAAAUAUAUUUUUGAACUCUGUCAGAAAUAUAGAAAAAUGAAAAAACUACUACAAUAACUUUACCGCAAAAAGUUUAAAACCAUGAUGACAUCACAACCAUAAAGCUUAGAUAUUUUUGUAUUCUCCACAAAGAAAUCAACAGAAUGUGGUAAAUGACAUCUUAAAAAAAGAUACUAUCUUUUAGUAUUAAAAUUAUAUAGGCUUCUCUAAGUUAAAUAUCAAGGAUUCUCUACACGAAUUUAGAACGUUUUUUUAUUUUUAUAUAAAUCUUUUACUUUUUUUUUUUAAUUUAUAUAAAAGUUUAAAAUAUUCCUAAUUUGUGUAGAAUUUUCUCAAUAUUUAACAAAGGGUUACGCCUCUUUUAUAUUAAUAACACGCUAGUUUUACAAACCGGCUUUACAGGCCAUGAACGUCUGGAUCGAAUAAUUUCUGGUAAUCUUUUAGAUUUAAAAGAAAUUUCAAAUUUGUAUACAACAAAUUAGUAAACACACAUAAACAAAGCCGGAUAUCUUUAAUAUCCACCAACGCAAAGGUAACUUUCUCUAAAUGUUUAAAUUUUUAAUAACUGAAAUUUAGAUUUAAUUAUUCAAAACGCUUGGUUAUUUUAGAACUAAAUUCUGAGAUAAUACAAAUGUUUGUGAAAAAUAAGAUUUCAAUUUUUGGGUUAUUAAUAAUUUGUCUAUUUAGGAAAAUUAGCCUAAAACUGUUAUAUUAAGUAAUUUGGAAAUUAGCUUUAAAUAAAACUUAAAUUUUAAAGCAAAAUUUUAAAAUAUUUGAAUAAAUUUCUUUUGAUUUUAUUCAAUUAUUUUAAGAUCUGGCUGAAGUAAAAUUAAGGAUUUUGUUUAAAGCCUUUUCAAUCACCUAAUAUAACAAAACUUCUCUUCCUUGGGCUAAAACCUAGGGAGGAGGAACCCCCGCUAUUUUAAACAAUUUUGAAAAUAUUAUGAUUUAAACAUACAGCCAAAGUUUUGCUUUCAAAAUUGUUAGAAGUUAUUAAAGCUUAAGCAAUAUUUUACUUUCUUAAGCGCUUUUCUCAAAGCCCUAAGAAAAUUAAAAUGAUUUCUUUAGUGAGGAAUAACUUGUUUCAAUUUUUAAAUCAUACUCCUGCCUAUGUUUAAGGUCAGUUGUUUUCUUAAUUGUUUAUUAUGGCAAAAAACUUUAUUUAUAUAUAUUGAAUGUUCAUCAUAUUCCAUGAAAUUGUACUACAAUGGCUAUGUUGUCGCCAUUCGUACAAUUGGCACGCUACGCAGUUGUUUUAAAAUGUUAGACAUUUUCAAAUCACUGCCAAUGGCACGCCAGCUUUAUUAAUAAGUUAAGAUUCGCUUUAAAGUUUUAUGAAAUCCUCCAAAACUCUAAGGCUUUCCUAACUUAAUCAUUAAUUAUUAACUAAAGUUUAUUUUUUGUAAACAAAAAAGCAACGACAGUAUUUAAUUGAAAAAAAAUGACAAAAUUUCAAAACUGCUUUGUAAACAUUUGAGUGUUGGCGCUCUCUGGAGGUGGGCCGUUAUUUAACCCUUAAGUGUUUUUAUACCUUGAAUUGUCUGGUUUUCUGUUUAUUUUUUUGAAUUUUAGUUAAUAUUUUUAUUUUUUUUUAGUUCUAAGCAUUGUUAAAAUUGUAAAUUUUUAUAUUUGUUAUAUGUAUUGUAAAUAAAUCUCAGGUCUUGUAUUUUGUAUUUCUACAUAGUUUUUAAGACUGAAAACAAUUAUAUGAAAAAAAAAAUAACAGAAAACAACUGAAAAAAAGCCAAUCAAAAAAUUCUAAAUAUAAAACAAACAGUGCUUUUUCAUAACAACUAAA